UCAUGCGCCGGAAGUGCGUUUGUGCAGUGCAACGCGUAAGCGGCGACUCUAGCGGGUAAAGCUAGUGGGGGACGCUGGUGAGGCCAGCGACAAGGGUACCUUUCGACGUGAGGACCUCCAGAGCUUUAAAAAGCAGCAGUUGCCAUGACAGCCCAGGGGGGCCUGGUAGCCAACCGAGGGCGACGGUUUAAGUGGGCCAUUGAGCUGAGCGGUCCUGGAGGAGGCAGCAGGGGCCGAAGUGACAGAGGCAGUGGCCAGGGAGAUUCACUGUAUCCAGUCGGUUACUUGGACAAACAAGUGCCUGAUACAAGCGUGCAAGAGACAGACCGAAUCCUGGUGGAGAAGCGCUGCUGGGAUAUCGCCUUGGGUCCCCUCAAACAGAUUCCCAUGAACCUCUUCAUCAUGUACAUGGCAGGCAAUACUAUCUCCAUUUUCCCAACUAUGAUGGUGUGUAUGAUGGCCUGGCGACCCAUUCAGGCACUUAUGGCCAUUUCAGCCACUUUCAAGAUGCUAGAAAGUUCAAGCCAGAAGUUUCUUCAGGGUUUGGUCUAUCUCAUUGGGAACCUGAUGGGUUUGGCACUGGCUGUUUACAAGUGCCAGUCCAUGGGGCUCUUACCUACACAUGCAUCAGACUGGCUAGCCUUCAUUGAGCCCCCGGAGAGGAUGGAGUUCAGCGGUGGAGGACUGCUCCUGUGAACUGGAGGAAGAAGCACCCAAGGCCUAGGUAUUUAGGCUUCAUUUACUUCCUCCUCAAGCCCAGUGGCUCCUAAGUAAUACUCUUAAAAUAAGCAUUCACACUGAAAAGAACCAAGACACUUUUCUCCAUGGUGAGGAGACAGAUCCGAGGAGGACAAUGUGCAUUUUAUUACAAACAUGAAGAAAUUAUAUUGCAACCCUUGACUGAAAAUAAUGUAGAAAACUUUAUUUGUUUCCAGUACAGAGCAAAACAACAAAUAAAACCAGAACUGUAUGUAAACAAAACAAUGAUUGCUGCUAAAUCAAGAAGCAUAGCAGCAUCUCCUUUCAAUAAAUUAAAUGGUUGAGAACAAUG